AUGAAGGAAUCCUGUAUUCAUAAAGUGCCGCAAGUUCUUCAAGGAGAGCAUCCAUUAGUUUCAGCUUCUAAUGAUAGGCAGGAUUCUUUGCAAACUUUAAAAAAGUUAAAUAUCUUUGAAAAAAUCCAAGAAAAAAGUCUUAAAAGACAUUCUUUUCAAGGAUCUAAGACAUCAUCAGAUAUUCGAUUUGAAAAGGAAGGGAUUAAAUCUAUAAAUGACUUGUAUUCUGGAUUUACUUCUAAUCAUACAUUUCAAGUCUCUUCGUUUAAUGAAGAAUUUGGCUUGAUUCCUGAGAAUAUAUAUUUAGAAGAUGAUGAUUUUCUUAAAAAGUUGAUUGAUAGAUAUGGAGCAAUUAAUUUUAUACGUUUACUUUCACGGGAUUUGGCAUUAAAAGAUCUUGAAAUGAUAAAAAAUCAGAGACAAUUGAAGAAUUGUGAAAUUGUUUUAAAAAAAAUUCUUUUAAAUGUAGGUAUGAGUUAUUUAGAUAUAGAUAAGCUCCUAUAUGAGUCUUUUGAAAAGACACGAGAAUUUUUAUUUAUGAAUAAUGGGGAUCAUAUGGUUUCUGAUACAAAUUACAUGAAAUCUUAUAAUGGAAAACUGAACGAUCUAAUUUUAGAUGAUGAUGCAUCUAAACGUAGGAAGAUACGUCUUCCUGUGUAUAAUAAAGUCUCCAGUUAUUUAUUUAAAACAAUGGGAGCUGGAAAAUUACGAAAAAAUAUAGACACAAAUGAUCAAAAGAAAUCUAAACAUAUUUUUCCGGAUGAUUACGAUGAAGAUGCUUUCAACAUUAUGAAAUGUGGAAAUAAUUAUCCUUUGUCUUUAAUUGAUAAAUUUUAUUUUAAAGGUCUCACAAAUUCUAAAGAAGUACAUAUUAAUUCUAAACCUCAAUCUUAUUCUUCUUCAUUUAACAAAAUAAUUCCUAGGAUGGCGUUAUUUGAUUCUUUGGGUUCUUUCGAAUCUUUUUUGAAAAUGCCAAGAUUUGGUUCAUAUUUUAAAGAAAAGACUCGUUUUCCACGAUAUCCCCAUACAACUCAUUUUAAGUCUAUAAGCAUGGCUGCUUGCUACGUAUUACUUUAUCAAAAUUCUAGUAGAAGUUUUCUUUAUAAAAAAAAAAUAUCUUCAAUGGUUGUAGAAUUUGCAUGGCGUCUUGUUUUUCCCUUGGUUUUGGAUUAUCAUCAACAUUUAAUACAAGAUUAUAUAUCUAAAUCAAAAUUAAAAAUAACUAGUUUGAAUCUGGGUACAAUAUUGUCUAAAUAUUUCAAAGAGUUAAAUAUUGAUCAUACAAAUUCUAAAACAUUUAGUGUUAAUUGUUUAUAUGAGAAAAUAACUAAAUUGAAAUCGAAAACAGGAUAUUAUUCUAAAAGUUCUUUAAAUAAAUUAACAUCUGAUACUUGUUCACAUGAUCAAAAUACAUCACAAUCUGAUCAGUCUGAUACUCAUUCUUCUCCAAUAAUUAGGGAAACAGCUACUCCUACCUUUGCUACUACAUCUCGAUCUCAUCUAUUUUCUAAUUCUGUUCCUAGGCCUCUCGAAAUGGAUACAAUUGUGCCUCCAGAGCGUCAACCUCCUACAUUAUUGCCAUCAUGGAAUGAAUAUUAUGGAGUCGAUGAAAAACCAUUGGCUGAUAGAUUUGGCUUUAUAUAUAAUUUUUCAUCGAAAAUAAAAAAUUUCGAUUCUAAAUUAGCUGAACCUUUAGAAGCGAAUAACAAAAAUAAUUGUAAUCAAUCUGAAAACUUUGAUUAUUUAGAGCAUAUAGACUUUUCUAAAAAUAAAAGAAAUGACGAAUUUAAAUUAUCAGAUAUUUCUUCUUUAAAAAAUGAUUCUCUUACAACACCAACUAGCAGUUUACAUAAAAUAAUGAAUAUGGAAAAUAUCCCGUUAAAUCACAAUGCAAUAUCAUCAGCAACAUUGACUACUUUAAAUAAUGAUAAUUCUAUUGCACAAGGAUUCAUAACAUUGGAUUUGGAUAAAAAAUCUAAGAGUUUUGCAGCAAAAUUUUUAUUACGUUCACAGUUGGAUAUAUGUGGAGAUAAUAAAACAAAACAGGAAUUAUGGGAUUCUUUUUUACGUAAAGUUCAAAAUGAGAAAAAGCGCGAUAUAAAUCCUAAUUUUCAUGGUUAUGAAGGUUCUGAAUUGAUCGGAAUCUCUGAGUUAGGAAUAGCAGGAAAGGUUGGAAAGCAACGUUGGAAGGAAUUUAGAAAUUUGGUAAUUGGUGGUAUACCAAUAAUUUAUCGUCCUAAGAUUUGGGGAGAAUGUAGUGGAGCAUAUCAACUUCAUCAACCUGGAUAUUAUAAUGAUUUACUUACAUUAGGAAAAGAUAUUGAUCCUUUAGUUGUAGUGCAAAUCGAUAUGGACGUUUACAGAACUAUGCCAAAUAAUGUUUUUUUUGGAGGGAAAGGGCCUGGCGUACCUAAACUUAAAAAUGUUUUGCUUGCAUUUAGUAGACAUAAUACUCAGAUAGGUUACUGUCAGGGAAUGAACGUCAUAGCAGCUAUGUUACUUUUGACACAUGCAACAGAAGAAGAUGCCUUUUAUGUCUUAGUUAGUAUUGUCGAAAAUAUUUUGCCUCCAUAUUAUUUUACGCCUGAUUUGCUUGCAUCUCGUGCUGAUCAAAGAGUUUUAACACGAUAUGUUUCCGAAUUAUGUCCACGAAUACAUAAUCAUUUUAAGAAAUUAUCUGUAGAUUUAGAAGCUGUUACAUUUAAUUGGUUUUUAACUGUAUUUACUGAUUGUCUUUCACCGGAGGUUCUUUUUCGUGUUUUUGAUCUUUUAUUUAUUGAAGGAAACGUAUAUUUAUUCAGAGUUUCAAUUGCAAUCAUUAAGAACAAAGAGAAACAAAUAUUGGCCUGCACUUCUCCAGCUUCUGUUUAUUCUCUCCUUAAAAAUUUAUCCUCAGAACCUUUCAACAUUGAUUCUUUUAUUCGUGAAACUUAUGAAAAUAAAAAACAGAUUCGAAUUAAAGAUGUUAUGCGUCUCAGAGAUAUUGAAAUUAGAAAAUUAAAGUUAGAAAUAGAAAAUGCUAAAUUACAAGAAGCAGUUAAUAAAUCUUAA